UUCUCAUUUUAUUUGACUCAGCACCUAAAAGAGUCCUCCUAAAUCCCUUUUCCCAAUACCCAAAAGGCCAAUUCAAUUCCAAUCUUACCAAUCUUGGAUAAAGAAUCAAACUUUAUACAUAUAUCUUGAUAAAGAAGUAAAUUUUGUACUGUCAAUCUCAUUUCUUGAGUACCCAAAAAGGCCAUUUUGAUUCCAAUCUUACCAAUCUUGAAUAAAGAUUCAUUUUUUUUUUUAUGACGGUGGUGUUCGGGUCAGCUUGCGUGCUGUAUGAAGAUUCAAACUUUACGUAUAUAUGUUGUUAAAAGAAGUAAUUUUGGUAGGGUAAAUGUCAUUUCUUGAAACCCCAAAAGGCCAUUUGGGUUCAAAUCUUACCUACCUUUGAUAAAGUAGCAAUCUUUGUGUGUAUAUUGUUUUUGGGGUAUUGUUUUUUUUCUUUGGAAUUUAUCUGCAAAUGGGUAGGAGUAGUUGUUGUUGAUCCAAAAUAUUAGAGUGGGGUUUGACUGAUUGAAGAAAAUGUACAGUGAUUGAUUUAAUUUUACUGUCUCUCAUUUUGUCAUUAUAUUUGACAGAUUCAAGAUUUAGAGUCAGUAAAUUCAGAAUGAGUUCAGUAUAUUGUACUCUUUUUUAGAAUUUUUGUUUGCAUAUGUAUACAUGGUCCGAGCCGAAAGCAAGUUUUACUGAACACAUUUCAAAAGGACAAAUUGUGAGAUGGAAUCAAGAAUGGAUCAAUAUGAGAUCAUGGAACAGAUUGGGCGAGGAGCAUUUGGUGCAGCUAUUCUAGUGCAUCACAAGCAGGAGAGAAAAAAGUAUGUGUUAAAGAAGAUUCGUUUGGCUCGACAAACAGAGAGAUGCAGGAGAUCUGCUCAUCAAGAGAUGGCGUUAAUUGCACGGAUUCAACACCCAUUUAUUGUUGAAUUCAAGGAAGCAUGGGUAGAGAAGGGCUGCUAUGUCUGCAUUGUUACUGGCUAUUGCGAAGGUGGCGAUAUGGCUGAACUGAUGAAGAAACAAAAUGGUCAAUAUUUUCCGGAAGAGAAACUUCUGAACUGGUUCACUCAACUACUAUUGGCAGUAGAAUAUCUGCAUUCAAAUUAUGUGCUGCACCGUGACCUUAAAUGCUCGAAUAUCUUUCUCACCAAGGAACAAGAUGUUCGCCUUGGGGAUUUUGGGCUUGCGAAAACAUUGAAGGCAGAUGACUUGGCUUCUUCGGUAGUUGGAACUCCCAAUUACAUGUGCCCUGAACUUCUUGCGGAUAUUCCUUAUGGUUUUAAAUCAGAUAUUUGGUCCCUAGGCUGCUGUAUGUAUGAAAUGGCUGCUUAUCGCCCUGCAUUUAAAGCAUUUGACAUGGCUGGAUUAAUAAGCAAGAUUAAUCGGUCGUCCAUUGGGCCUCUGCCGUCUUGUUAUUCUCCAUCCUUGAAAACACUUAUUAAAGGCAUGCUAAGAAAGAAUCCCGAGCAUCGUCCCAGUGCUUCUGAGCUCCUAAAGCACCCGUAUUUGCUGCCGUAUGUUGAGCAAUACCGACCAUCUUUUACUACUCGUGUGGCAAAUCAUAUUGAAAAACCUGUCGCUACUGGUCGUGACUCUAGAAAGAGCAUGGCGGAAAGCCAAAGUAGUACAAGUUCUUGUAGCAGGGCUUCCAAUUAUGAUAAUAAGGGCACUGAUAUAGAUGUUGCAUUUGGUGACGACGAUAUUGACUUUGAGCAACCUCAUUCCUUCGACGAAAAUCACGGAGCUGAUAUCUUUCCUGAAGAUACAGAUGACUAUGAGUCUAAGAACAUUAUUGACGAAGAGAGGAUAUGUCAUGCAGAAGCUAAGCAACCUAAAACAAUAAAAAGUAUCGUGCUGGCUAUGAAAGAAGGAAAAACGAGAGAGCAUAGUUCCCCCAUGAGGGGUAACCGAGUGAAGGUUGGUGGUUCGGGCGCACAGAAAGCUAACAACGAAGCAUUACCAAAGAUCCCAAAACCAAGUUCAGUUACUCCUAUUUCUAAACCUAAUGCAGAGAUGCCAUCUCCUGUAUUAGCAAAGGCUGGAUGUGAUUCGGCAAAAAGGAAUCACGGACCGCAUACUUUAAAGCAUCAGUUGCCUGCCAUCGAGUCCAGUACCAAGACUAAACCUAGACAUGAGGGUAUCUCUCCCUCUGGUCCUUCAAAGCACGUUGCUGAAGAUGGAUUUCCUGCAAAGCCGAGACUGCGUACACCUCCUAACCUGAUUAGACGACCCUCAUUUCCCAGAAGGAUGAAACAAGUCGGGCAUGAUGCCCCAAAUACUCCUAACAAUAAUGCUAAGUCUGGUCCGGGCGACAAUUUCCCGUGUCCUGAAACGGUUCCUGAUUCAACACCCGAUGGCUGCCCUAAACAUGCUAUAAAGAAUUGUGUGCAACAUUCUCGAAAGGUUUCAUUAGGAACUUCAAAAGAAACGCAGGCGGAGAGUAGCAUUUCUGCUUCUUCUUCUGUAUCAAUUCAAGGAUUUGAACUUUGUGACGACGCAACAACUCCUUUUAUGAAUUUGACUGAACAGAUGGUCCUAAGUCACGAAAGAGCUACUGAAACUGAGACCACAAGAUCAAGGCCCUCCUGGUCAACCACUAACUCAUCUCUCUCGGAGAUUGCUUUUGCUUCAGUGGAAACCCUUGAUAACAAGAAUUCUGAACCAUGCUCCAUCGAAAAGGUUGAGGAGCCUCAUCACAUUAUGGAUGUUGGUGCUUGCAAUCAGAAAUCAGACCCCACUUCGGCCUCCCCUGGGGACGAUAAGUUUAUGGUGAAGUUGUCAUCCUCGACAACAGAAAUUGCCUCUCCCACUGCUCCUCUUGUUCCCUUGAGUCAAACUAGUCUUCCUCACUCAGACAGUGCCUCAAAAACCGACGGUGAUGACAAGUUUAUUACAAAGGAACUCUUGUGCUCUCCGACCGAAAGUAUUACUCCCUCGCUCCCUCCGUUUUCACCUCCUCAAAAUAAUUUGUCGCCAGAGAAGGGACUAAUGACGGUUGUUCCAAAGAAUAUGUUUCUUGAAAAACCAGCUGCUUCUGACGAUGUCAUACAUGUCAUUCGACACAGUAGUUUCAGAGUUGGUUGUGAACAGCCAGCGCCAGACACUAUGGAGACAAGUGCUGAUGUUGGGAAACUGAUAAAUGUGGUAAGAGAUGAAAUUGAUAUCGACAGUCUAGGUUCUCAUGGCACUCCAAAUGCUUCUACUUUUGCUGGAUCGGUGAUUGGUGUCCAUAAUAAGGAGAUGGAUGUAAGAAACAACAGCAGUCCAACCUCUUCGGCACAAAGAAUAGAUUCUUCAGAACCGGCUGCAGAGGAGGAAAGGCCGGUAAAGGAAACGUUAGAUGUUAAGUCUUUUAGACAAAGGGCAGAUGCACUCGAAGGACUAUUAGAAUUAUCUGCUGACUUAUUGGAACAAGACAGAUUAGAAGAGCUCGCUGUCGUUCUAAAACCUUUCGGCAAGAACAAGGUUUCACCGAGGGAGACAGCUAUUUGGUUGGCCAAGAGUCUGAAAGGAAUGAUGCUUGACGAAUCUGCGCGAAAUUCAUGAUCUGCUCUGCAGAUUGGUAAUUGCAGAUACUUGUUUUAUAGUUUUGCUCACUUGUUUAUCUUUUUCAUUUUUUUGGUAAGUUGAAUUCUUGAAGAGGGGCACUUAAAGGUGGUGCUUAACUUCCUUUUUUCUCAUAAGUAUUUAUGUAAUUCUUUCAUUUUAGUAAUUGUAAAUAGAUAAAUAGUAACUUGAAUAAAUCUUUUGAUCUGUGAAAUAUAAGGGUGUAUUAAAACACUAUUGUUAAUAGACAUUUUCAUGUCA